UCUUCUUCUCAAAUCACAACAGCAUCUCUCUGACUGAGUUCCUCUUUCAUGGCGGCUGACUGGUCUCAACUCCCUAAAGAUCUCCUCCAAUUAAUAUACAAAAAAUUGAACAACCAAUUCUAUCAACUUCGUUUUCGAUCUGUCUGUUCACCAUGGCGCUCUUCCAUUUCCAAAAACCAUCUCAACAAUUUACCUUCCAAACUCCCAUCCUCCUCCAACUCCAACAACACUUCCAGAAAAUUUCCUCUCUCCAAAAGAUCCAUCUUCCUCAUCACUCCACCCCCAAAUCAACAAACCCUAAACCCUUGGUUAAUCAAAAUCGGUCCAGAUUCCAAUAACCAAACUCAUCUCUGGCAUCCUCUAUCACGUGACACACAGUUCCCUCUUCAUUACCCCAUUAUUGAUUUCAAUCAACUCUCCGUCCAAGAUCUCGGACACGAAUUCGUCAUCGGUAACUUCCCUUCCCGGCGUCCCUUUUAUAUCAACCGCAACAACUCACUCGAUCCGGGAAAGGUCGUUGUUUGUGACACGUGGCAUAACGGAAUAAAUGAUUGUUCUCUUCUCCUUACUAUUCAUGUUAACGGUGACCUUGCAAUUUUCCGAUGCGGUGAUGAGCGGUGGACAUUGAUUCCUAGCAUUAGCGAGUUUUCUUACAGUGAUGUAUGUGUCUUCAAUGGGCGGCCUAUGGCGAUUGAUAUUUCUGGUCAGAUUGUUGAGGUGAGACCGGACUUAAGCUUGGAUUUGGUGAUGGAGAGUGGGUUUGGUGAAGAAAAAAUGUUCUUGGUGGAGAGUGAUGGUGAGUUGUUGCUAGUCAGUGGCCAUCUGUCUUAUGAUUGUGAUGACAGUGUUUUGGAUGAUGAUGGUGAAGGAAUUUACGAUGGGGCUGUGCAAUUUGAUGUGUUUAGGCUUGAUGAGAAGGAGAAAAAGUGGUUGCAUGUAAAAAAUUUGGGGAAUAGGGUUUUGUUUUUGGGGGAAGAUUGUGCAUUUUCUGCUUCCUUCAUUGGCAACGGGAAUUGUGUAAUAUUUAGUGAUACUGUUUUUCACAGUGUUCAUUCGGCUGAGCUUGGGAUUAGUGUUUUUCACUUGGAUGGACGUCGUACUUCGCCUUUGUCUGAUUUUCCUUGUUAUUCUAACUUGUUUUGGCCAGCUCCAGAAUGGGUCGAGCUGCUUACUGACAACAGCAGAGUUUGUGUCUUGGAUUGAAAGGUUUGUAGUUCUACGAAACACCAAAUGAUAUUAAUUUUUAUCAAUUUUAUGUUAAUGCUGAAAGGAUGAAAAUGAUGGUGCUGGUGGUGCUACUUAAUUUUAGUAUUUCCCAAGGAAUUGUCCAAAAGUUGAAAUUAACACCGCAAGACACUUCAAUGUAUUUGGUUAAAUUAGGAGACCUUAAUGCUAAAGAAGUUUGCAAGUAGGGACUGCAUGAUCACUAGGAUUUCUAGAAUAGUUGAAAUGUUCUUAAAUUGACCUAGUUUUUUUCCAAUUUAUAUAAUAUAGAUAUAUCAGGUUCUUGGAUUAUUAGGGUACUAGGGGUAUGUAAGUCUUAUUCAAGUUAUAUGACUGCCCACAAACAUGUUUUGAGCCUACUUGUGUUUGCUACGUCAUGUCUCACCUUCAAAACAUUUUCUAGUAUGUUUGCAGUAGCCGUAUAUCUUGCAUGUAAGACAGUUGCCUUGUUAUGUACACUCUAAAGUGCAUUUGUGUUGAUCCCUUUUACUUUUGCAGAAACAAACUUGUUUCUUUUAAUA